UUUGACUUCAAAUGAUAUUAUAGAUGUUUAUGGAUUCACAGAAGAUCCAAAUACUUCAAAAUAUAAGGUAGUAAUGGAGUAUGCAAAUAAAGGUAAUUUAAGAGAAAAUUUAACAAGAAUAGUCAAAAAUAAUUGGAAUCAAAAGUUAUUUAUGUUAUAUGAAAUUAUUUCUGGACUUAGUGAAAUACAUGGAGAAAAUCUUAUUCAUUGUGAUUUUCAUGAUGGUAAUAUUUUAAAUCAUAAUGAUAAGGAUAAGGAUAAAAUUUAUAUUAGUGAUUUAGGAUUAUGUCAACCUGUAAAAUCGUUUUUGAAAAAAUAUGAUAUUUAUGGUGUUAUACCAUUUAUGGCACCUGAAGUUUUAAGAGGCAAAUCUUAUACUCCAGCUAGUGAUAUAUAUAGUGAACGACCUGAAAUUAUUGAAAAUACUCCACAAUGUUAUGUAAAUUUAGUAAAAAAGUGUUGGAAUGAAGAUCCAUUAAAAAGGCCAUCUACUUCAGAAGUGAAAGAUGUUAUUGAUGAUUGGAUUUUCCGUCCUGAUGAAAUUAAUGAAGAAUUAAAAAGCAACAUUAUGGAAUUUAUAAAUGCAUCAAUUGGGCGUAACAAUCUUGCUACUAAAUCUCAUCCUAAUGCAUGUUAUACAAGUCGCUUACUUGAUUUUACUAGUAAAAAAUUGAAUGAAAUUCUUGAAAGUGAAAAUUUGAAUGAUUGUGCAAUUAAAGAUUUGAGAACAUUAGCAGUUGAGAAUACUGAUAAGUUGGAUGAAAUUCUUGAAAGUGAAGAUUCACAAGCAGCAAAUGAAAUACUAUAUUAAAACAGAUGAAAAUUAAUUAAUCAUUGUUUGUUUUUAAAAAAUUUAUGGUUUUUUUUAAGUGAUAUUUGAUAUUACGCAUUCAAAAGAAAUUGUUCUUUAUUUUAUUCUUUUAAACACUAAGGCUAGUGUAGUAAAAUAUUUUACAAGUUUCUUAGUUUGUAAUUUAAAUAAUU